AAAUAAAUAUUAAUAAUUUUAAAACAAUAAUCGCUUCAUUAAAAAAACGGUCGUACAAAUACAGAAAGACAACUAAUCUGAUUAAGUAGAAGAUUAGGUUUAAUGAUGUUAAUUAAAACCAAACCACCUUUACUAAAGUAAAAGACAACCGAAACCCACUAACAAUCCAGCAAACCAAAACAGAUACGCCCUCCGCCAUUAAAACACCCUCUCCAAGAAAAGCUUCUUCUCAAAACCCUCCCAGAUCAGCAAACAUAGGGCUACUCGAAGAACCCCACCGUAACUCCACCGAGGACUCGAGUUCUUGCUUUGGUUUGAGGAAGAAGAGCAGCAAAAACCACAAGGAGAAACCGAAGAUGACUCAGACCAACGCCGGAGCUGGAACCGGAGCCGCCGCCACGACGGAGCCUCCUCAGAGCAACGAGAUGGUUCUGCAUACUGGAAGCUUGAGCUUCAGCAGCCAUAUGUCUAAAGAAGACGAGGAGAUGACUCGUUCUGCGCUCUCUGCGUUUAAAGCUAAAGAGGAUGAGAUUGACAAGAGGAGGAUGGAAGUUCGUGAACGGAUCCAGGCUCAGUUGGGUCGGGUCGAGGAAGAAACCCGACGACUCUCCACCAUUCGCGAGGAGCUUGAGUCUAUGGCAGAUCCUAUGAGGAAGGAAGUGUCUAUGGUUCGUAAGAAGAUUGAUAGUGUUAACAAAGAACUCAAACCUCUAGGUUCCACUGUUCAAAAGAAGGAAAGGGAAUACAAAGAAGCACUUGAUACAUUCAACGAGAAGAACAGGGAGAAAGUUCAGCUGAUCACCAAACUUAUGGAGAUGGAACAGUUGGUAGGAGAAAGCGAGAAGUUGAGGAUGAAGAAGCUGGAGGAGCUGAGCAAGAGCAUUGAGACCGUGUGAAUGUGGUUCAAGAACUAACUGGCUUUAGGAUCGUCGGUUCGUUGUGUGAAUGUACCUAGUUUACAUUUUGUGAGAAGUGUGUAUUUUUUAAGAUUGUGGGUGUUUUUGUUAGUUUUGAAAUAUCUUGGGGUUGGUUUGUAAAAUUAACGAAAUUAGGGAGGAAUGGGAGAUUAUUAGGAUACUGAAACUCUUCACAUUGAUUAUUUUUUUUCCUGUUCUUGGCUUCUUGCUUCUCUGUAAUGUUUUUGUACGUCUUUUUUCAAGAAUUUAAUUUAUUUUAUUUCAAAUUGUUUUA